CCCUGUUAUUCUCCCUUCUCUCACAGACAGCCCUGGCCAUGUCCAUUCGGCUGGCCGUGCUCAUUCUACUUCUUUCUCUUUCUGCUCUGAACCCUUCCAGAUGCCUCCGGCUGUUCUCUCUCUUGUGUCUACAACAAAAACCUUCCACUUAACCAUACCACGGAACAGUCAUGUCAUCAGUUUACAUACCAAGUGCUGGCUCUGUCCAGACAUUUCUGUCAGUUUUCUUGUUGCUCUGAUGGAGGGAAUUUCAGGCACUCUUACUCUGCCCCCAACCCCCGCUCUUUAAAAUGCUGAGGUCCUGGCAUCUUAUGUUAGAUAUGAAGAGACACUGUGGCAAAUGCUACUAGAGAUGGCCAGACCAACAUUUAUUUUAUUUUAUUUUCUACCAUGGGGAUCUCACAAGGAGAAUUUUCUGGAAUGGUUUUCUCCUUUCACCUUUACACGGGUCUAGGGAUGGAACUCAGGCCACUAGGAGGGGAAGAGUUGCUCUGUUGAUUUGGGAGGGCAUGUGUUCAAUGCUCCUUCCUGGGUUGUACAGCUGCAGUGCUCACACUCACAGACCGGAAGCAGCUGGACGUGGCCCCGCUUGCAUUAGCUCAGAGACUGAGGCGAGCAGAUCGGGAUGGGGGCUAUGGGUGUUAGGGUUUCUCGUUCCCACUCUCUUCUUAGGUGUUUUCCAAGAAAGCAAAGGCCACAAGGCUGAAUGCAGGACUUGGCUACUGGAUAUAGUUCAGGCCCUGAGUCAGAGGUGCUAUUUGAAAUCCGACCUAGAAUAGUGGCAUGGGAGACAGGAAAGGGGAGCGGGAAGCAUGGAGGGAGGGAGGCAGUUGGGCAGCAUUGCCCCGUGGGACUUGUCCCUGGGCUGGUUGGGCCAGUAGCUAACUUUGCAGGCCAGCGGCCUGCAUAGCUCUAGAAGUUGUGCCCAGAAGCCUAAUCCAGAGUCUGCCUUCAGCCUGCUACUGCCUCUGUGAGCACUUAACAUCCUGCAGCAAAACUCAGGCUGCUUACAAGGCUGGGAUGGAUGUCCCCCUCUGCAGGAGAUGGAAAGAAAAGCCCUCAAGUGGUCUAAGAGGCUAGUGGGAAUGAGCAGAUUCUCCUCUGGGCUGGGCUGGCUGCAGGCCUUUCCCUGAGACCCGAAGGACAUGAAGCCAGAUUGGGGGAGCUCUCUUUAGGUAGAGAGACUUCAAGCAAAGACCCAGUGCUGGGACUGCUCAGUGCCCAGCAGGAAAGAGAGGGGGAGCUCACGAGUCAGUCUGGUGGCCCCAUUGGUGCCCAAGGAUGGAGGCAGCUUCUAGAAAGCAUCUGUAUACAGAGUACAGAUCAUGGCCCUGGCUGGAGCCGGUGAGCAGACAAGUGAGUUUGGGGGGGACUGGCAUGUGUGGUAUCUGAGGGUGAAGAAUUCACAGCCGGGGCACCUGGCAGCCAGACAUGCCUGAAGCCUGUGUGCAUUGCAGGAGACAGCCAUCCCGUGGGUGGGGAUCCCAAGCUUGAGUCAGCAGAUGUGGCUCGGGAGCAUGUCUCUGCCCAGGUCAGGCCUAGGGGCCUGUGCCACACCUAGGGAGGGGUGGAGGUAGGCUCUGAAAGAGCCGUUGUUCUGCUGUGGCAGAACCCUUCCCAUGUCCCAUCAUGUCCAUGAAACUUCUGAGGCAUUUUUCCUCCCCAAGGGGAUACUACUACCACUAAAGGGAGUUCUUGCCUGGCUGUCCUCCUGCCGAGCCCUUCUGGGGCAGCCCUGGCUUGUCAGCUACAACUCUGCUUGGAAGUGACUGACUUUGACCCAUUCUCAUUGCACAAACCAGUAGAUCCCCAAGUCACGCAGACUUCGUGGACUGGAGACUGGGAAAAGAGCCUCUUGCUGCCCUGGACUGGGUUGUUCACUACUGUCUUGUCCUAUGGAAUGGAGUGAGCCUUAGGGCCUCCAGCUGGGCUUGGGGCAGGAGCCGGACUCAAGUUGCCCACAGUGACUCCUGGCUGGGCAGGCGUCAUUUCCAAUCCUCUUCCUAGGAGCCUAAGCUCCUGUUAGUGGAACUGGCCUGGCUAGUUCUAGGGACAGCCCUGUAGCUGCUCCUAAGGGUUCCGCACACAGGGGAAUGGGGUAGGUUUAGCUUCAUGUGCAUGCUCCAUCUACCUGCUUAAAAAACACAAGCAGCGCUGGCCUCUGAAGGCCCCCUCCAGUGACACUGUGACGUCCUGGCCCCCACAGUCCCCCUCCAGCAACACUGUGACGUCCUGGCCCCCAUAGUCCCCCUCCAGGAACCCUGUGAUGUCCUGGCCCUCUCUCCCCUGGAACUCCCGUCAGAAGUGAGAAACUUGGAUCCUGUGACAAGCAUGGUCCAUAGCUAGUUACAGAACACAAGGCAGGUUAAGGGAAAGGAGGCCUCUGAAUCAAAGGUCAGUGUUUGUGUGGAGUGGUAAAGAUCCUUCAGGGUCCAUAAGGUCAAGUUCAUCUCAGAAGAGCAUCUGUCUGUCUCUGCCUGUCCUCUGUCAAGAGACUGUGGGAUUUUCCAAGCUGCCUUAGGGCACCUUUAUCUGAAAAGGGGAAGAAAGUCCUUGUCCUAAUGUCCACUCAGGCUGGGCUGUCUUCAUGGUUUCACUCGGCAUUCUCAUCCAUUGAGCCGUGGUAGAUACAGUGGUCUAGCCAUCUUCUCUCAGGAAUUUGUACUGCUGACGAGCCAUGCCACAUUUCUAAUCCAUUUGUGAAAUGCAUGUGCUCAGCUUAAGACACUGUGCAAUUUCUGUUAACACAGAAUAGCUUUGCUAUUUUAAGUGAGUUAUGUUUUCUUUGCACUUGCUGUGACUUGAUAAGUGUGGAGAGCUAGAACCCACACAGACAGAAGUCUUAGGUGACUUGAUGACUUUCAAGCCUGGUAACCAGUGCCAACCACCAACAGCUUGAGCAGUGCCGGAGUGGUUUGUCUUUGGCCUCUAGGCCUGGGGCCUAAAUGCUGCGUUCACAGUUAGCGCUCUGUGGCGGCGUUAUUUGUUUGAAAUGAGGGUGAAGUCAUCUGCUCUGUUUGCAUUCUAGCCUCGUGGAUUCUAUUUAUUCUCCCUCACUGUCUGUCUGACAGUGGGACAUUAACUUGUUCCAAAACCCAGAAUGUGUUUUGGAUCAGCUCUCUGGAUAUUUUGGUGUGUGUGGGGGACCCGGCAGAGGCUGAGUAAGAUGUCUCCACUCUCCCCUCUGCUUAGUUCCUAGGCUCCACAGUAGUUUUGAAAGUCUUUUCCUGACACUGAGCUACAGUAAACUCCGGAAUCUUCUACCCCAUCCAAAGCAGGGACAGUGGCCUGGAGGCCAGGAAGAAGCACACCGAAGAGGAGCCUUGACAACCUGAGCCGUUCAGAUUUCCUUUGGCUGGCAGUGUGGGCCUUUACUGCUGUGUAGCCCAGACCCUGAUGAGAAAGAAGUGACUAGCUUCCUCAAACCCAGAGCUCUAGAGCCUACUACAACUGAGCUGGUGCCCUCUGCCACUUUCUGGACCCCCGGCACUGAGGCAGAAGACAGGAGGAGCUGGGACCUCUCUGUCGGCCAGAGGCACUAACCUUGGGCACACAUAGGAUCUUUGGGCUCUGGGACCAGUCCUACAGCGGCCAGCCCAGCAGCCUGCCCUGGCUGCUCCUACCAGGUGAUGGAAAACGUGAGUUUUUCCCUGGACAGAGCUCUUUGGGCUUUCCUCCUGGCCAUGCUAGGCUCCACCACAGGCCAGCCGCUGGGGGGAGAAUCCAUCUGUACCGCCCGGCCCCUGGCUAGAUACAGCAUCACUUUCACUGGCAAGUGGAGCCAGACGGCAUUCCCCAAGCAGUAUCCUCUGUUCCGGCCCCCAGCACAGUGGUCCUCCCUGCUGGGGGCAGCUCACAGCUCUGACUACAGCAUGUGGAGAAAGAACGAGUAUGUCAGCAAUGGGCUGAGGGACUUCGCUGAGCGCGGUGAGGCCUGGGCGCUGAUGAAAGAGAUCGAAGCUGCGGGAGAGAAACUCCAGAGUGUACAUACAGUAUUCUCAGCUCCUGCUGUCCCCAGCGGGACCGGGCAGACUUCUGCAGAGCUGGAGGUGCACCCUAGACACUCGCUGGUGUCCUUCGUGGUGCGCAUCGUCCCUAGCCCUGACUGGUUUGUGGGCAUUGACAGUCUGGACCUGUGUGAGGGAGGCCGCUGGAAGGAGCAGGUGGUCCUCGAUCUUUACCCUCAUGAUGCAGGGACAGACAGCGGCUUCACCUUCUCCUCCCCCAACUUUGCCACCAUCCCACAGGACACCGUGACUGAGAUAACAUCCUCAUCGCCCAGUCACCCGGCAAACUCAUUCUACUACCCGCGCCUGAAGUCCUUGCCUCCCAUUGCCAAAGUGACCUUCGUGCGACUACGGCAGAGUCCCAGGGCCUUUGUCCCACCUUCCCUGGACCUGGCCAGCAGGGGCAAUGAAAUUGUCGACAGCCUCUCAGUUCCAGAGACACCGCUGGACUGCGAGGUUUCCCUGUGGUCAUCCUGGGGACUGUGUGGAGGACCGUGUGGAAAGUUGGGAGCCAAGAGCAGAACUCGUUAUGUCCGUGUUCAGCCUGCUAACAAUGGGACCCCCUGCCCCGAGCUUGAAGAAGAGGCUGAGUGUGCCCCCGAUAACUGUGUCUAAACCCAGAUUCCAGUAGCCAUCCCUUAGGGUCCCCUCAAGCCUUGGACUCAGAUCUGGGCCACAAAGCAUUCCUGGGAGGCACAGGCAGACAGGGAUAGGAACUUGGGCAGUUUUGUACCAUUUCCCACCAUGGCUGGGCUGAUGAAUGCUCUGGACACAGAGGUCCUCAGUGGCAGGUAAGAGACAGGCUGCUUCUCCCACCGCGUGAUCCCUGAGGUUCAUGGUCUGCUCUACACAACGUCCCGUGUAACUUAUUACUGUGGUGGGAUGCUGCCUUUGAUGCAGAGAGCAAGCACGCCGGGAACAGGUAGAGGAUGCUGUAAGCCUGUGAGCCCCACAACCACACCGUUGUCAGAUACCUCAGAUCUGCUGCCAAUGCACCUGCUCCUGGAGGCCAACGAUGCAGCUUCACGUUGCUCUUGGCUUCAAACAGGGGUGACCACAGGAGAAAUAGAUGAAGAGGGACAGUUUCAGAAACCUGGCCCUCUGGUGUCACUGAUCCCUUUGCAUUUGAAUAAAGGCUGUUGUUCCUGAAAAAUGC